CGUGGUCGACCGGCUGUUGUGUGUUGUAGAUUCCAUUCCACUCGGUGGCUACUUGUCAUUUUAUUCAUUUUACGUUCAUUUGCAGAGCACUAAGUGACUUUAUACUAGACAUUAAACAGUAACGCUGAUAGAUAGUUCAUAAACAGUUAGAGAAUCUUAUAAGAACAUUCGAACGCGGAAAAAUUUUCCUAUGUGUGAAACGUAUAUUUUUUGUGAUCCGAAAGUAUCAUAGAACAGUGCGGCUUUUUUGUUUGUGAACGAAGUAAACUUCGCGUUAUUUUCAUGGCCGACGUGGAUAGGGAUCGCUACGAUCCCGAGCUCAAAUAUCUUUUUGUGGACAGGAACAAUUUCAACGAUCCAGCUUCCCAGGCAGAAUGGACUCAGAAGAGGUUGGUAUGGGUGCCCCACGACACCCAGGGCUUUGUGGCCGCCAGUGUCAAGGGAGAAAGAGGAGACGAGGUCGAAGUAGAGCUUCAGGAGACAGGAAAACGAGUAUUUGUACCCAAGGACGAUAUCCAAAAGAUGAACCCUCCGAAAUUCGACAAAGUCGAGGAUAUGGCCGAGUUGACUUGUCUGAAUGAAGCCUGCGUGCUUCAUAACCUCAAAGAUAGGUACUACUCGGGAUUGAUUUAUACAUAUUCUGGUCUUUUCUGCGUCGUCGUCAACCCGUACAAAAAAUUGCCAAUUUACACAGAAAAGAUAAUGGAGAGAUACAAAGGAAUCAAACGCCAUGAAGUGCCACCACAUGUCUUUGCCAUAACUGAUACAGCGUACAGAUCGAUGCUGCAAGAACGUGAAGAUCAAUCAAUUUUAUGUACAGGAGAAUCAGGUGCUGGUAAAACUGAAAAUACAAAAAAAGUUAUACAGUACCUUGCGUACGUAGCUGCCUCAAAAUCUCCAAAAGGCGGUGGUGCGAAAGAUAUCAUCGGCGGUUUAGAGCAACAGUUACUUCAAGCCAAUCCUAUUCUAGAAGCAUUCGGUAAUGCAAAAACGAUAAAAAACGACAACUCUUCCAGAUUUGGUAAAUUUAUUAGGAUAAAUUUUGAUGCUUCUGGGUAUAUAGCAGGAGCGAAUAUAGAGACUUACUUAUUAGAGAAAUCACGUGCCAUACGUCAAGCUAAACAAGAAAGAACAUUCCAUAUAUUCUAUCAACUUCUGUCGGGUGCAUCAGCAGCGCAAAAGAAGGAAUUCAUCUUAGAAGAUCCCAAGUCAUAUCCCUUCAUCAGAGACGAUAACCACCUAGUACCCGGUGUUGAUGAUUCUGCUGAAUUCGAAGCUACCGUGAACAGUAUGAACAUCAUGGGAAUGACCCAAGAAGACUUUAGCGCCAUAUUCAAGAUUGUUUCAGCGGUGAUGCUCUUUGGCACCAUGCAGUUCAAGCAAGACAGGAACUCGGACCAAGCAACACUACCCGACAACACCGUGGCUCAGAAAAUAGCCCAUUUGCUCGGUCUACCGGUUACAGACAUGACCAAGGCUUUCUUGAAACCCAGAAUCAAGGUCGGAAGGGACUUUGUGACUAAAAGUCAGACUAAAGAACAGGUUGAGUUUGCCGUAGAAGCCAUAUCCAAAGCAUGCUAUGAACGAAUGUUCAGAUGGCUGGUAACUAGAAUAAAUCGCUCUCUAGGUAGAACCAAACGUCAAGGUGCUAGUUUCAUUGGAAUCCUCGAUAUUGCCGGUUUUGAAAUAUUUGAAUUGAAUUCAUUUGAGCAGUUAUGUAUCAACUAUACUAACGAGAAGCUUCAACAGCUGUUCAAUCACACUAUGUUCAUUUUGGAACAGGAGGAGUACCAGAGAGAAGGUAUUGAAUGGAAAUUUAUAGAUUUUGGUCUAGAUCUCCAGCCAACAAUAGAUUUGAUCGAUAAACCCAUGGGUAUCAUGGCCCUUCUCGAUGAAGAGUGUCUUUUCCCAAAGGCUACAGAUAAAACGUUUGUCGAUAAAUUAGUGAACGCUCACUCAGGUCACCCCAAAUUUCGUAAAAGCGACUUUAGGGGUGUAGCCGACUUUUCCAUCAUCCACUAUGCGGGCAAAGUGGAUUAUUGCGCGAACCAAUGGUUGAUGAAAAACAUGGAUCCUCAAAAUGAGAAUGUAGUCUCUUUAUUCCAAUCCUCACAGGAUCCUUUCGUUGUGCACAUUUGGAAGGACGCGGAAAACAUCGGGAGGGCUAAGGGAAUGUUCCGUACUGUUUCCUAUUUAUAUAAGGAACAGCUGGCUAACCUUAUGAUCACCCUAAGGAACACCAAUCCGAAUUUCGUUAGAUGCAUCAUACCGAAUCAUGAAAAACGCUCUGGAAAAAUUGACGCGCCUUUGGUACUGGAUCAACUGAGGUGUAAUGGUGUACUUGAGGGAAUAAGAAUCUGCAGACAAGGUUUUCCUAAUCGUAUACCUUUUCAAGAGUUCCGCCAACGGUACGAACUCCUAACACCAAAUGUGAUCAACAAAGGUUUCAUGGAUGGCAAGAAAGCCUGUGAAACUAUGAUAAAAUGCUUAGACCUCGAUCAAAAUUUGUACAGAAUCGGACAAUCUAAGAUCUUUUUCAGAGCUGGAGUGCUGGCCCAUUUAGAAGAAGAGCGGGAUUACAAAAUCACCGAUUUAAUAGUCAACUUCCAAGCGUUCUGCCGAGGUUUCUUGUCUAGAAGAAAUUAUCAGAAAAGAGUACAGCAACUCAACGCUAUCAGGAUUAUUCAAAGAAACUGCUCUGCAUACCUGAAACUUCGGAACUGGCAGUGGUGGAGAUUAUACACCAAAGUUAAACCAUUACUGGAGGUCACUAAACAAGAAGAAAAACUUAUGCAAAAAGAAGAUGAGCUGAAACAGGUGAAAGAUAAACUUGAACUUCAAGUUAGAGCUUCUUCUGAAUUCGAGAAGAAGUAUCAACAAGCCCUCGAAGAAAAAACUGUUCUUCAAGAACAGCUACAGGCUGAAGUAGAACUUUGUGCUGAAGCAGAGGAAAUGAGAGCUAGAAUGACUGCUCGAAAACAAGAAUUAGAAGAAAUUCUUCACGACUUGGAAUCUAGAGUAGAAGAAGAAGAAGAAAGAGCAAAUACUCUAAACACUGAUAAAAAAAGGUUAUUAGGCACCAUUCAAGACUUGGAAGAACAGUUAGAAGAAGAGGAAGCAGCCAGGCAAAAAUUGCAAUUAGAAAAAGUGCAAUGUGAUGGCAAAAUAAAAAAACUUGAAGAGGACUUGGCUCUUAGUGAUGAUACCAAUCAAAAAUUAUUGAAAGAAAAGAAAAUUUUGGAAGAACGUUCAAACGACUUAAGCCAAACACUGGCUGAAGAAGAGGAAAAAGCCAAACAUCUUUCAAAACUGAAGGCUAAGCAUGAAGCAACCAUUGCAGAGUUAGAAGAAAGACUUUUAAAAGAUCAUCAACAAAGACAAGAAGCAGAUAGAACUAAAAGAAAGGUAGAAACUGAGGUAAAUGAUUUGAAGGAACAAUUAAUGGAAAGAAGAACUCAAAUGGAAGAAUUACAACUUCAAUUGGGUAAAAGGGAAGAAGAAUUAGCACAAGCUAUGGUAAGAGUAGAUGAAGAAGGUGCUAUAAAAGCUCAGGCUCAAAAAGCGCUCAGAGAAUUAGAAAGUCAACUUGCAGAACUCCAAGAAGAUUUGGAGGUUGAAAAAGCAGCUAGAAGUAAAGCUGAAAAACAAAAAAGAGAUCUAAACGAAGAACUGGAAGCUCUGAAAAAUGAACUAUUAGAUUCCAUGGAUUCGACUGCUGCACAACAAGAAUUAAGGUCUAAGAGAGAACAAGAAUUGGCCACUUUGAAGAAAACUAUUGAAGAAGAAACCCAAGCUCACGAAGUUGCGCUGGCUGAUAUGAGGCACAAGCAUACUCAAGAAUUAAGUUCCGUCACCGAGCAACUAGAAAAUCUGAAGAAGACUAAGAAUAAUUUAGAAAAAAGUAAACAGUCAUUGGAAGCAGAAAACGCUGAUUUAGCAACUGAGUUGAGAAAUGUUAGUUCGAACAGACAGGAAACUGAACGUCGCAGGAAACAAGCUGAAAGCCAGUUGACAGAAAUUCAAGCCAAACUGGCUGAAGUAGAAAGAACAAAGACUGAAUUUCAGGAAAAGACUCUAAAGCUCCAGCAAGAAAUAGACAGCAUUGCUCAGCAACUGGAGCAAGCUGAAUUGAAAGCAUCUGCUGCACAAAAGAAUCAAAGCACUGCAGAUUCACAAUUAUCUGAGGUUCAAACAGCUUUAGAAGAGGAAACGAAGCAGAAACUUUCCCUUAGCUCCAAACUGAGACAGAUAGAGUCUGAGAAAGAAACUUUACAAGAACAUCUUGAAGAGGAAGAAGAAUUGAAAAAAAAUCUUGAGAAACAGUUGGCCAAUCUCAAUAUACAACUUCAAGAAGCUAAAAAGAAAGCAGAAGAUGAAGCAGAACAAUCUGCCAUAUUAGAAGAGAGUAAGAAGAAACUUGCCAAAGAUUUAGAUGUUCUUCAAAGACAGGUUGAUGAACUUCUUGCCACCAAUGAUAAAUUGGAAAGAAGCAAAAAGAAGAUUGCUGCAGAGCUUGAAGAUGCUAACAUUGAAUUAGAAGUACAAAGACAAAAAGUUAUCGAACUGGAAAAGAAACAAAAGAACUUUGACAAGAUUCUGGCUGAGGAGAAGCAGGUUAGUGAACAGUUAGCUGAGCAAAGGGAUAUAGCAGAACGAGAGGCGAGAGAGAAAGAAACAAGGGUAUUAUCCUUGAGCAGGGAACUUGAUGAAUCAAGUGAAAAGAUUGAAGAGUUGGAAAGGGUGAAAAGACAACUUCAAGCAGAAUUGGAUGAACUUGUCAACAACCAAGGCGCUGCUGAUAAGAAUGUACAUGAGCUAGAAAAGGCCAAGAGGUCCCUUGAAAGUCAGUUAGUAGAACUGAGAGCACAAAAUGAAGAAUUGGAAGAUGAAUUACAACUUACUGAAGAUGCCAAGCUUCGUCUUGAAGUUAAUAUGCAGGCACUGCGGGCGCAAUUUGAAAGAGAUGUACAAGCAAAAGAAGAGCAAGCUGAAGAGAAGAGGAGGGGAAUAGUAAAACAGUUGAGAGAAAUGGAAGCAGAGUUAGAUGAAGAAAGAAAACAGAGGACUGCCGCUGUUACUGCCAGGAAGAAAUUAGAAGGUGACCUGAAAGAAAUGGAAGGGCAGAUUGAACUACAAUACAAAGUCAAAGAAGACGCUCUCAAACAGUUGAAAAAAUCUCAACAGCAAUGCAAAGAAGCACUUAGAGAAGCAGAAGAAGCUAGGGCAGGAAGAGAAGACCUAGCUGCCAGUUGCAAGGAAGCCGAAAGAAAAGUUAAGACAUUGGAAGCUGAUGUUCUUCAGCUCACUGAAGACUUGUCAAGUUCUGAAAGGGCGAGAAGGGCUGCAGAAGCUGAAAGGGAUGAACUUCUGGAGGAAAUUAAUAGUAGCAAUAACAAAGGAACACUUCUAGUUGAUGAAAAACGUAGACUUGAAGCAAGAAUAGCAACUUUAGAAGAGGAGCUUGAAGAAGAGCAGAGUAACAAUGAAAUCUUCCAAGAUAGGGCAAGAAAAGCUCAACUUAACAUAGAACAGUUGACAACUGAACUGGCCAAUGAAAGAUCAUCUGCACAGAAGAAUGAAUCCGGUAGAUUGCUUCUCGAGAGACAAAACAAAGAACUUAAAGCCAAACUUACUGAGCUUGAAACUGCUCAGCGUACUAAGACAAAGGCCACAAUUACAGCAUUGGAAAGUAAAUUGGCUAAUUUGGAAGAGCAAUUAGAGGUUGAAGCUAAAGAACGGCUCACCCAGCAAAAGACCAACCGUAAGCUAGACAAAAAGCUUAAAGAGCUCCUUAUGCAGUUGGAAGAUGAACGCAGGCACGUGGAUCAAUACAAAGAACAAGUGGAAAAGGCGAAAUCUCGCAUGAACGCUUUCAAGCGUCAGCUCGAUGAGGCUGAAGAAGAAAUAAGCAGGGAAAAGGCACAGAAAAGAAAAUUCCAGAGGGAAUGUGAAGAUAUGGCUGAAAGUCACGAGCUAAUGUCAAGAGAAAUUAGCAACUUGAAGAGUAAAUUGAGAAGGACUACGGGCUCAAUGGGCAUUUCAUCAUCUCGUUUGGGUUCAUCUAAGAGAAGCACAGUAUCUUCCAGUGGAAACGCAUCAGGGGACGAUUCUACAACUCAAGACGAAACAAUGGACGGGGAAGAUGGUUUAAACUAAUCUGGAGAAAUUUUGAGAUCUUGACGGGGUUUUUGAAGAUUGUACACUUUCGAUCUGUUUCAAUCAAACCUAAAAUAACACCAUUGGCAUAGAUCAAAGGUUGUAGAAAUUUCAUUUCAAUCUUCUUGACUUAGUUUUAACUACUGCUUUAAAACGAUUAGUGCAAAACCUUGUUAUGAUCUCUGAAAAUAUUUUGUAAAUAUUCAUAGUACUUAGGCGGCUCGUAUUCUGCAAAAGUUGUAUUAAAAUUAUCUUAUUAAACGGUUUUCAAGUAAUAAUCAGCAAUCCUCGGAAAUAUUCAACACCCGAAAUGCUUUCAUUUUCUGCUGCCAUUUUUGCUUCUUUCAGAAUAAGUUAGUGUUAUAUUUUGAUAUCUUAUUAGUCAAUUCAUUUUGCUUCAUAUUUUAGUGGCGUUUUAUUCCUUCUAUUUUUUCGAACAAUAUGUAAAGAAUUCAAGGAUUUUUCUGAUUAUACAACCUGACUUAAUAAGUCUCCGACUUCUGUUGAGACAGGCUACUUUGAGCAACAUGUCGGAACACUUCUUUGGCAUUUUAUUUUUAAUAGUGCAUUUUUUCCCUUAAAUUUAACAAUUACUACCAAGUUUUAUUCAGGUAAAUAAAAUAUAUAUAUAUUAGCAGCUUGACUUUUGUUAAGCCUGUACUUUUUACGUCUACUAGCAUUGCCUUAUAGGGUGUUGAUAAAAGAAAUGGCGAUUUCAAGAUAUUUUAUGAAUUCUUAGUAACAUUUCAAAUUGAUACUACCUAAUUUUGAUACUAUUAACUGUAGAUUAUAUAUUUUGUAAAAAUAAUUGAAUUUUGAUAAAGAUUUUUGUAUAAACAAAUACUGGAUUUUGUAUAUAUCUGAUUAUCAUUGGUUCAGGGUUCAGUUUAAUAAACAAUUGUCAAAAGUGAACAUGCUUCCUAUAUUCUGAUAAUUUAUUUUUGUCACAUUUUGAGUCUAUAUUUGACUGAUUUGUCAAAAGCUGUCUGAAACUUUUCCCAUAUGCCUCUUUUUUCAUUUCUAUUAUAUUCUAACUUAGUUUUCAAUAAAAUUGUGUAAUCUUUGCACAAA